AUGAUUGCAGUCCAAAGCCAGGCCUCUGUGUCGCCUCGAUCCACCGCCAUCUACUCGUCCGCCGAUGCCCCAUCUUCCCUGAGAUCUAACCAGCGAUCCCCUCUCAUGCCUGUCUCUAAUCCCCCUUCCCACGACCCGUCUCAGGCGGAAGACGUCCCCCAGUCCGUCGAAGAGCAGCCCAAGACCAAGCCAAAAUCACGAUCAAAUACACCCAGCAGCCUCAAUCUCACCAACGGGAAUGGCAGACGGAGUCUCAGUGGCAGCCCGUCGAGCCUGAAGAAGGCCUCUCCCCGCCCAGAGGAGACCAGAGACUUGAGCCUUCAAACAAGGGAGGAGGACUUGCGGAGGGAUGACUUGGAAGACGACGAACCUGAACCACAGUCGGUUAUCCAUGCUCCAGUUGGCUUCGAUGGAUUUAAAUCCGGGGCAAGUCCCAUCUCGCCUCCUCCAAUAACCACAUCCGUGGCUCCAACUGGUCACUAUGAACUAAACACUCCCAGAGCACAAACGCUACAGGAGAUAGAAAACUUCAAAAGAACGCCUCACCAGGCAAAUCUAGAUGAUAUACCGGAAAGCUCGGAUACAGAGCAGAGCCAGGAUGGCCACUAUGAUGACGGUGAACAGCGAUCUGUCUGGACCAAGACCAGGUCCAAUGUCCCUGAUAACGACGUAGAAAUUAGAGCACUUCGGACUGCCCUGUCAGAAUGCUGGACACUCUGCAAUACGCUCGCCAACCUAAGUUACAAUCACCGGGAACGGCUAUUCAAUUUCGGCGGGAAGGACGACAUGCAGGAACAGGCCUGGAAGACAUGCUGGAAGCUGUGCCAGAACCUGUAUGAAACCCGUGAUGACGAUCAUUCAGCCCAGGUCCGGCCUACGCUCGACAUGUGUCGGGAUUUCUGCCAGGCCUUGUUCGAGGUACGGCUCAAGGAGAACGAGAUUGCCGACUCUGUCCUCAGAGUCAGCUUCGAGCUGAACAACCAUCUGUACAACACCCAUGACCGCAACCUCCCCGAAGCCUUCCGUGAGCGCACUCUAGACUUCUACAUCACCCUCUGCCACCGCCUGAUGAAACAGCGGACACGACUCACCGAGGAAACUGACUCUCUACUUCGAGCGUGCUGGUCUCUCGCCGAAAUGCUCUUUAGCCUGCGGCAAGGGAAACGCGAAGGAAAAGCUCCUGACGAAGAGUUGCUGGGUUCUGCGGUCCAGGCCUGCUGGGAGCUCUGUGAUCUCUUCCGCGAAGGCUGGACUCAGGUCCGUCCUGACCGUGGCACCCCUCGUCCUAGCCAGACUACCUUCACACAGGCCUUUUACCAGGCCAAGCGAGCGGAGUACCCAUCUGAAGACACAGAUACAGACACAGACAGUCUACUCGGCCUGCAAAAUCCAGAGACUCCAACGACCAUCUUUGACGACACUGCCACCACCGUCUCGCCAGACCAAGCUCCCAUCCCGAAUAUCAUGGUCCUAGGCUUCGAUAACCCACCACACCACCCUCGUUGGUCAAGCAAUUCCUCGACUCUAUCCGGCUACUCACGCACAUCCAGCCAGACAGCCUCGUCCACGCACACAGUCAAAUCUCCCGGCGAAGAUCAAAACCUGACAGCUCUGAAACUCCUCCUUGUCCGAGCAGCCAUGAACAGCGGCUUCCAGCGCGGCGGUUCUGAAAGCCUACCCAUUUUCGCUAAGACGUUGUCCUCAGAUGCCUUUGGUUCCCUGCCUUGGCAAAUGUCAUUGCUGGUCAAUUAUAAGAAGCUCAUCACGGCUGACCCGGCCUUCAGGUCCGUCCCGCCGCCGACCCGGGCGAGUGCAAUUGAUGUUGCUCGAGCAGUGCAGGCCAUGGUCCAAUACAACAGUCAGUAUGAAUGGUUGCUGGAUCUCUACCGUCUCGUCUUUGGCUUUUAUACCGACGACGCAGUCAAUGCAACCGGGAUGGUCAUUCAAUCAUGAUCCUCCCUCUUCCUCAUUCACGUUGCUUUUUUUCUCCUGCCGUGUUCCUUGUCUUAAUAUCCAUUCAUCUGUUCAUGCUGGGUUCUUGGUCUGUCUUGUUAAGUUGGAGCGUUAUCCUUUGGCCUUUUUUUU